CAGCAGCAGCUCUGUCUCGAUCAGUGGAGAUGGGCUGAGGCAGAGACCCGACAACACCGAGACCAACACCCGCUGACUUCAGCAGUUACAGGAGGGAACACUCGGGACUUCUUCCCGGUCCCGCUUCUCCCCCCCCCCCUCCUCUCCUCUCCAAUCCCGGCCCCCGCAGGCCAGGGAAUGUCCCGGCAGCGAGAUGCCUUACACGGACCGACAGAACCGCACCUGUGGCUUCCUGGACAUCGAAGAGAGCGAGAGCAGUGGCAAGUUCCUGCGGCGAUACUUCAUACUGGACACGCAGCAGGGCAGCUUGGUGUGGUUCAUGGACAACCCUCAGAACCUGCCUGUUGGCACAGAGUGUGUUGGCUCCCUUAAACUCACCUACAUCUCUAAGGUCAGCGACGCCACUAAGCUGAGGCCUAAGGCAGAAUUCUGCUUCGUCAUCAAUGCUGGGAUGAGGAAGUUCUUCCUGCAGGCCAACGACCAGCAGGACCUUGUGGACUGGGUUGAAGCUCUCAAUAAAGCCACCAAAAUCACUGUGCCAAAGUCGUGUGAUGGGCAGCAGAAUGCAGAGAACCUCAAGUCUUUGCCGGACGUCGUAGGGCCCAAGAAACAAAUCUCCUAUCGGACAGAGAUCAUUGCAGGAGUCCCCAUUGUCACCCAGACACAGCACGACAGAGGUGACGGUGCCGACAAAGCGGAGCGUGAGGCCAUGCAUCGCUCUCACAGCCAGCUGCCGUACUUCCUGGGCAGGCCGACUCAGGAACACACCGUCAUAAAGUCUGGCUACUGCGUCAAGCAGGGAGCGGUGAUGAGGAACUGGAAAAGGCGGUAUUUCCUCCUGGAGGAAAACUCAAUGAGUUACUUCAAGUCAGAUUUGGAGAAAGAACCUCUGAGAAUGAUCCCACUGAAGGAAGUUCACAAAGUCCAGGAGUGCAAACAGAGCGAUAUUAUGAUGAGAGAUAAUCUGUUUGAAGUCGUCACGACAUCAAGGACGUUUUACAUACAGGCGGACAGUCCAGAGGACAUGCACAGCUGGAUCAAGGCCGUCUCAGGGGCCAUCGUGGCCCAGCGGGGGCCCGGGAGGUCGGCUGCUACAGAGCACGGCCGUUCCACUUUCUACCGCAGCCCCGCGGGCCCCCCCGCCCCUCGCUCGCCCAUAUCUGCCAUGCCACCAUGCUACCCAGAGUGGGGGGCUGCUGUCCCGUGCGGUCCACGCUCGCAGCCUGGCGUGGGACAGCGAGCACUUCAUGAGUCUGCUGCCACGGCCCAGUCACAGCCGCACGCCAGCGCGCCUGUCCCUGCAGGAGAAACCGCGCCUGGCAAAGUGACCCCCCACCCACCUGAGACCACCAUCAAUCACCCCGAGGAGUCACCGUGGCGACGGCGGAGCAGCUUCGAGCCCCAUAUGCCUGAACCGCCCCUGGACCUGGAUGACGCCGACCUGCCGGUGAGCGAGGUCUGAGACGCUGCACUGGACAUUUUGAAACUUGCUUUUCAGGUUGGAUGCUGACAGCGAUUUUAAAAAAAGGAAACCGUGAGACUGGUAAUAAAAAAAAAUGGGAAGACGUUGGCGGACAAUUUAUAAUGUCACAAACUUCCUCCGUUAGUGUGCUAAAGAAAGAAGUUGGGUCCACCACUGAACUUGCCAAAGAAGACGACCCA